CGAUUUCAUAUUCCAAGCCCAGGUUCCGGUCUGGCUUCCGCCUUAGCGUUUCCAUUCCACUAUGAGCCUCUAAAUAUUUACUUUCAGUUUGACACUAGAACAAUUUUAGAGCCAUUCCAAUGCAUCGAUUAGUAAUCCCUGCCCUUUCUGUUGUAUCCUUUGGAAUUGGAGGAACCCUCGGAACUUUCUACGAAAGGUAUUCCUUUUUAUUGUCGUAUUUGCAUCUUUUUCCGUGGUCCGUUACCCUCAAGCUUAGCCAAACAAAGGUUCAUGAGUAUCAAAGAUUGAAGUUUUGCAAGUACUUGGCUGAGAUGAUUCAAUAGAUGAUUAUUCUAACCACAGAACGCAAUCAAGCAUAACAACCUUUGAUUCUUUCACUGCAAAUUAAAAUUUGCAUCGAAAGAACGUGCAACCAGGAAAUUGGUUACAAAUUUUGCUGUAUAUAUUUAGCAAAAUUCACCUUUACGUACUCUGUAUCACGAGGAAUUUGUUUCCUUAAGAUGCUGUUCUGCUGUAUCAGUGGAUACGUGAAGCUGAUUAACAUUGAGUUAAAUUUAAUGAUUUUUCAAAUAAUAUAGGUUAGCUGAUACUGGAUAGCAAUCGGUUUUUCCUUCAUUUGGUUUCCACAACAAUUUGACAGAAUAAAUAUAUUUAGCUCCAUGCAGCUAAACAUUCUUAUCCACAAAAUUGUUGUUCAUAUUUUAAAAUCCCUUUUAUUUAUGUAAUUAUAUAUAUAUAUAUAUAUAUAUAAAUUUUUUUUUUUGCAGGAAAAAGCUUCAUUAUGGUGUUUUUUCUAUGGUCCAGGCCAAAACCAACCAGCAUGAUACAGUUGAUGGUCCAGGCUCUAGAAUGUCAGAAAUAAUGAGAUUUGGAUAUCCUGGUGUGUAAUUUAGCCUCUAAUACUCUAACCUUUAAGAGUGAAUCAAGCAUUAUGUUCUGGAGAAUAAAGGAAGUGAUCACUAAGUCAAGAAUCUCUUGAUUGUUAAACAAAUUGUCCUUGUCAGCACCUCAGGAAAUGUAUAGAGAACAGUUUGGAGAAUAUAGGUAUUGAUGUUAGGGUAAAAAGGGUCAAAUACCUGACAUAGGACCUUAUCCACUUGUUGAUUUACGACUCUGAGCCGAUUGGCUAAUAUAACUAAUUUCCUGUGUCUAUCCCUGUACCCUGCAAGCAGAGCCUUAACCCUUAAAUCCUUGAGAGUGACUAGUAUGUAGUUUCUCCCAACAGUAUAAACCUUGCAUUACAUAUUAAGGUUAUGAGAAUAAAAGAAAUGAUCACAAACUAAAUAUUCUCUUGACUGAUAAACAAAUUCUCCUUGUCAGCACUUUAGGAAAUGUAUAGAGACCAGUAUGGAGAAUAUGCAUACUGAUGUUAGGGUGUAAAGGGUUAAUUCUUUCACCUCCUCUGAAGGCAUAGAAGCAAAUUCUUUUCUAACCAACCAUUGUGCAUGUUCAAAUAAGAAACUACAAGGUUUUGGCAGAGUCUUCUUUUCCUCUCUUUCCUUGGAGGAGGCAAAAGAAUUAGGCUCUGCUCACAGGGUACUAUUCCUGUAGUGAUAAGUUAAGUUCACUCUCAAGAUCUAAAUGUAAAUUCUCAACAGUAUUUGCUUCAAAUUUCUUAUAAUUUAAGUUCUGAGAGUUCAGUCAUGAGUCAAAUAAGAGACUCUAGUUGAUAUUCGUCUAACUUGGUAUAACAGUUCUGUUUAAAAAUGAAUUAAUUUCAUAAGACUUAUUUGAGUCUCGCUCUAGAGGCUGAUGAGAUUUCACAUCAGAUAAAAAGUGUAUAUCAGACCUACAAUUUUUUUUAAAAGUUUAAACCAUUUGCCACCAUCCUGUUCAUCAGAACUGCAGAGCCAGAUCAGCAGUCAGUUCUUUGGUCCUGAGCAGUUUCUGUUGUUCAUAAAUAAUUCAAUAACUUAUUUUUGUAUUGACAGGUUUUGAAAAUAUUAAAGCUAAGGAUGAUUAUGUUUUGUCCUAUAACCGACGUCUAAGAAUUGCGAACUGGGUCUGUGAGGUAUGUGGAAAAUUAUGUUUUUCUUAGACAGGUCAUGUAAUCUGUAGUAAUCAGAACUUCUUUAAAACUUCACAAACAGUAUUUUAUUUUUUAACAAGUGUAGUUCCUGCAGAUUGCGAACGACAUCAAUGAUAAGAACUCUGUUUUUCAUGUUUAUGAAAUAUCUUUGUUUCAGCAUUUAACAGCAAGUACUGGUACUGUCUACAAUGAAGAUGUUGACAGGAGAAGAUGUGAUUUUGUGGUUGAUCCUUCAAUACAUCCUCUGUUCUCAACAACAAAUGAGGACUACUGGUCAGUGCCCUGUGAAUAUUAGCUUUCAUUCAUCAGGCUUCCAUUUCCAUCUAUGACACUUGAAUAAAUAAUAAAGAAAUCUUAACCCUGGAACUCUUUAACCCCAAAGAGCGACAAGUGUAAAACUUCUCCUUACAAUAACACCCCUUGAUCACUCAUUAAGGUCAUGAGAAUAAAGAAAAUGAUCAUUAAACAAAUUCUCUUUUCAGCACCCUAGGAAAUGUAUAGGGAGCAGUAAGGAGAAUAUGCAUACUGAUGUUAGAUUGUAAAGGGUUAAACCCUUAUAGUGACUAGUAUCUAAUCACACAUGAAGGUCGCAAUAAUAAAGGAAAUAAAUGAUCACCAACUAAAUAAGCUCUUGAUUGUUAAACAAAUUCUCCUUAUCAGUAACUUAAGAAAUGUUUGGAGAACAGUAUGGAGAAUAUGCAUACUGAUGUCAGGGUGUAAAGGGUUUAUAGACAGGAGGUUGAUGGCAGUGUGGUGAGAACACUUUCCUCCCAUCCCUGUGGCCUGCCUUUGAAUCACAGAGCUGGAGUCAGAUCUAGGUCAAGUUUAUUGUUGUCCUCAUCCUUGCUGCAAUAAUUUUUUUCUCAAAGCAAACUGUCUAAAUAUAAAUUUGGCUUUUUAAGAAAGAACCACCCUCUUAAAGUGCAACUUCUAAAUUCCAAUUACUCAAUUUUUUAUUUAUAUAUUUCAUAUACUUAAAUUUUCACUGUAUGAGAAAUCUUCCCCCAAGAAAACUGAUCAAUCUAUCAACAGCAGGUCAAAAGAAGGAGGGAGGGAUGGGUCAGGUGGCAAAACAGCCCAAUUUCCCCCCUUUUUUACAACCUAAUCCCAAGCUUUCCUAUGUCUACUAUUGUGUUGAGCAUUACUAAACGCAAACACUUUGUACAAGCUGUUUUCUAAUUAGUUUGUUAUUUUUUUGGUAGGGGGAGUGGAUAUGACAGGGGACACCUGGCUGCAGCAGCCAAUCACAGGUCAUCACAGAACUCUAUGUGUGCAACAUUCUUUCUCAGUAACAUGAGUCCUCAAGUCGGUGAGUAAUAUGUGCUUAUUGACUGAAAGGGAGGGCUGGAUAGGAAGGUAUUUGGCUCAAGGUCCAGGUUGAGAGCCAAAUACUUUGCCUUCCUGUCCGACUGAAUUCAGUCAACUGAUAAGUGGUGGGCAUUUAGGAAGGGGUGACAAAUUCACAGAGUUAACUUUUGAAAAAUUGGCCACUGCAUUUCACUUACUUUUAGUGACCAAAAGUUUAUUGCUGUCUAACUGUUGUUCAGCAGUUUUCUCCAGAGAUUUUUUUUACUACCUGACCAUAAGAAAAGAAGGAAAAAAAGAAUCUGAUGAAGGUUAAAAUGCUACAGAAUCAAAUAUCUGGUGAAAUCACCAGCCUCCAGGGCUCUUGGAGAGCAAUGAUUUUUGAAAUAUUAGGAUAAUGCUAAUAUGGGUUUUGUAGGGGUUUUUUUUUCGGAAUGAAGCUUCUGGUUGAAAUUUCCAAAAGUGUUGAAAUUAUAUUUGGGAGUAGAACUUAUCUGGCAUCACUGUACAUGAGAAAAGUAUUGCAAAUAUGGUAGUGCUACCUUAAUUUAUAAAUGUAAUUUAUAAUAUUUUGGUUUUCACCAAGGUAGGCUCAGGAUUUAAUCAUGAUGCUUGGGAACAUCUUGAAAAAUAUUGCCGCCACUUGGUUAGGUCAUACAAGAACGUGUAUGUUGUUACUGGACCUCUGUUUCUACCAAAGUGAGUUUUGAUAGAAAAGCUUUUGUUAAGGUGACUCCUCAGUGUUGUAAUGGCCAUAACAUCACGUUUUUAGGGGAAUAAGUGCGCGCAUUCUGAAAACAUAGUAUUAAUCUUUUUUCAAAGCAACGGACGAGGAAAACAGGUUCCAGGGUCUUUUGUUCCUGAACGAGCACAGUGAUCUAUCUUCUUUAUUGCACAAAUUAUCCUCUUUACAUCGGAAAAAAUUGAGAAAAAUUUAUCUGAAGGAAAGAAAAGAUAGAGAAUGCAAGGUACGACCUUGAAAGCAACGACUCGAGAAACGUUUUGGGCCGAUUUUCAUUAAAAAAUGCCUGAUUUUUUCAUAAAUCAUAUACCAAGUUGUUCUGAAGGCUUUCUACCUAAAGAAAAGAUAAAGAAUGCUUCAAGCUACGAAUGUACCGCGAAGUAACGCGGAUUCAACAGGCAUAACUCGUGAAGGAAUGAAAUGCUUGUCAUACAAGUGACGGAAUUUUCUUAGAUCAUAGGAAAUUAAGACGCGAAUUCUUUCAUGGGCGUAUCUAAGUAGUGCUAAUUUCAAGUAAACAAGAAGAUUCUUUGGAAGCUUUUUGUGGCGUGAUAAAUCGGUUAAAACGUUCGCCAUUUCGGUGAAUUCCCGGCUGGCCCGCAAAAGACGAUAGCAUAAUCGCGCCCCUCCCCUUCCGCCCUCGCCUAUUUUCAAGAAUAUUACUUAUGCAUGUUCCGGUGUUUUAAUAAUAACUUUGGACAGCUUGAUCAAAGUUGGCUUCACUUCGCGAAACACUGAGAUUCUCGGUAAAGUGAGCUGUUUUCCUCGGGACCAUUCAUUAACUGUUUAAUGUUUUAUGUUUUCAAUUUCGUGUUAGGAUAGAGGCAGACAAUCAGCUUUAUGUGAAGUACAAGGUAAGUUGUUUACUAAGUCUGUAAGUAUAAUACAACAUAGUUUUUAUUUACAUGUAUCUUGUAUCUUGUAUUUUUGCCACUUAUUUUCUCUUCUUUCAACUUAGUUGAUUGGGAAAAACCGCAUCGCAGUUCCUACGCAUUAUUUUAAAGUAAUUUUGGGAGAGACCACGGAUAACCAGUUAGAAAUGCAGGUAUGUAUUUUUGCUUUGUCUUUGCUUUUCACGACACUUUUCAAGUAUUGAGCGCAUUUCUACUGAGUGUCUAAACAACUCAGAGCUAAGGUAAAAUGUUACAAGGAGCUAAUGACAAACAAACUGCUCCAAGCGCGGGCAAAUGCGGGUGCCCAAGUCGCGAUUUGGUUUUGUUUUGCAUUUGAUUGGUCGAGAGAGAAGCGCGAGUUUUUUUUUAACUAGUCACAGGGCGUAAUAAAGCAAAGCAACUGCAAUCCCGGAUUAAUUUUGACUGUCAGUUGAAUGGUGCUCAGUUUUACGGCCAAGCAAAGCGCAACUCCGAUAUUGAGUUCAAGUGAGAUCUACGUGAGCUUCUCUGCGUACCAUGGCGUAGGAGAUUUUAAAUUUAGUUCUUUUGGAUCGGGCCCAGCUAUGUAAAAGUUCUGCUAAAUGCAUUUUACAGUUGCCUGAUUAAAAAAUGAACCAUUAAUCACUGAAAUAAUUAGAGACUGGAAAACGUUAGCUUGAAUUAAAAACGACAAACUUUGCUUCUGGAAGUCCAAACUUGACUUUCUAUGACACGUAUAAUGUAACCUCUUUUCAACGUAAUGUACGUGCUGUUCAUAUGACAGACACAUCCUAAUCACGUGCUUUUUUUGUGUCUCGCUCUAGUCGUACAUAUUGCCCAAUCAGCCAAUCAACGACAAGACACCUAUGCACAUGUUCCAGGUCCCAGUUGACACGAUCGAGAAAGCUUCUGGACUAAUUUUAUUUGACAAAGUUCCUCGAAACGCCAUAAAACAGAUUCGACCGGUGCUCACCCCAAACAGCUGACAAGAAAGGCAAUGAAAUGAAAUGUGUGGCAAUGAUCAAUAGUUUCCAAGAUCUAACUUUUAUGGCUUGAUCCAGGCUCUUGGUCUAUUGAGGCGAGGAAAAGAGGACGGGGAUCUAGAAUGGAGCGACGAGUAAGAUCCCCAUUUUCCUUUUCCCUUUAAACUUAGUGCCUGGUACAAGCAAGGAUUGUAAACCUGCAGACUCCUACAAGUCAUGGACAUCUUUUCUUUGCGAUAAUAAUUACAAGAUUUUCUUCGCAGGACAGGUCAUGAUAACAGACUUAACUUGUCGGCUGAACAAAUGAGUUCUGUCUGUCAUAUUGUAGAAAUCAAGAUAUAAUGAAAAGAGAAUACUUAGAAGUUCAAGUCUUGCAAAUAUUUCUUGUUGAAGUUAAACUUGACUUUAAUAACGUGGCACCUUAAUUGUUUCUAGCCAUUUGCUUUCACAAUAUUGUCCCAUGAAUAUGAAAUUGCCAGG